UCGGAGGGAUGGGACGAGGAGAGUGAAAUAUCGGGUUUGAUAGAACGGGAGGACAUGGCGGGGCGGCUUGUCUCCCUGCUUCUGCCUGUUACGUGGAUAGCCGGCAUGGCAGUCGGCAAUAGAGAGAUUACACCUCCGCCCAGCGUCAUUGUCCAAUCCAGUGAUGCAUUAGUAAUAGUAAAGAUUUCAGUGCCAGACACAAGCCCAUAUUUUGUCUUGAAAAAUUAUAAUAGAACUCUCAGAAGAAAUGGUUCAUCUGAGGAGAAUUCGGAAUUUGUCAAUGCAAACCCUUUUAUCAUUUCACCCAAUGACCUUCUUCCUGAGCAAACGUAUUGCCUGACGGUUCACGUGUGUUACAACGGCGUAUGUGAGUCGAGUCCAAUUGGCCCAGAAAUAUGUUUUAUGGCGCCUGCCAAAGGACCACCGAAUAAUCUGAGAAUGGAGGCGCUAGACUUAAGUUAUCUACUUAAGUGGGACUGGAACUUUACCCAGUCUCCAAAUGCCACAUUUUCUGUGGAAAGGUGCACCUAUCAUGAUGGAAAAUGCACCACAAUAAAGGACUGUGAGAACAUAACAAGUACUCAGUGUUACUGCUUAGGAGUGCACUUCAGUGGAGAGAGUAUCCUCCGUGUUUCUGUGUAUCACCCCCAAAGGGAAGAGAAGAGCUCCAAUAUUAUCCUGUUUAAUCCAACCAUAGACACAGUUUUGGGGCCUCCAAAAGAUUUGAUGAUGCGAAUUGUAGGCAAUGAAUUGGACAUUAAUGUGAGCACACCUGAAGGAUUCAAAAAUGAUGAAAUCCGUUGUUUGUGUGACCGGUGGACCACCCACCUGGAAUAUUGGACCAACUCAUCACACAGUUCUGAGGAUAAAGAGGAGCCAUUUUUCAAGAUAAAGUCUUUAGAACCCUCCACAACGUACUGUGCCAAAGCAAAGAUGCAAUGUGCGGGUAGUAAUAGGAGCAGUCAGUACAGCGAGGUUUAUUGCAUCACGACAGAUCCCAAGUCUUAUUUGUUUGCAUGGAUAAUUGGAUUCGCCUUUUUGGGAAUAGUUGUGAUUUCUGUCGUUGUUUACAUCUGCUUAUUCCCCUUAAAACGUUACAUAAAGCAUAAAUUCUUCCCACCCAGGAGACUGCCAUCGUGCAUUGAGAAGGGUUUUGGGGAGUCGUCCUUGGAUUGUAUCAAGCAUCAAUUUUUAUCGCAUGAAGAAGAGCCCAUGGACCGGUGCUACGUUGCCCAGGACUCCCAUACAGAAGAUUUGGGGCAGAUGAACAAUAAAAAUGCAUCUAAGGCCAACAGCCAGGAUUCUGGGAAUGGUUCAAAUGAGGGUCAAACCUCAGGGGAGACUAUCAGCAGUGACGCCAACGUAUAGCCAUGGCCCAACACAAGGUUCUCUAGGAUAUUUUUAUGCAACGAUUUUUCCAACCAAGGCAGAAGAACCCUGACCCUGGGGCAAUUUCCCUUUCAGGAGAGAGGAGAGUGCUGCGCAGGUUCUCACCAUCUUGUUGCAGAGGAGAUAGGACCAACCGAAGCUAGGCCAUCUUGCUCCAUGGACACCUUGUGUCUAGUCAUGGCCAAAUACACAUCUCCUAGUUCUUUACUAUAGAGUAAAGGAGUACAGCUGUUACCUUUUUUGCCAACCAGAACAGAAGGGCCCAUCCUUGCCCUAACCUUGACCCUUGAGAUGAACUUCUCACUCACUUUUUGCUUAUGGUUUACCUUCUCUAAAGAAGUAGUUCUGCACAGGUUCUCACAACCAUGUUGCAGAGGACAUAGGACCAGCUGGAGUUGGGGCCCUUUCUCCAUGGGCUACAUUGUGUGCCUCUAUGGUACUAGGAUACCACAUACUAUAGUACAGAAUACAGGUAUAGUAAGGCAGCUGACCUCAGAUCACACCAGAGCAGUCAUUUAUAUACAUGUAGUGCUGACAUAUUCCAUACAGGGAUUGUCCCAUUGGUCACGAUUCCCAUUAUGGCUAUCUAUCUAACCUCUGUUUUUGGAGUACUCAGAGGAAAACCGCACAACGUACAAACUCAAUGCAGACGUUGCCCUGGUCGGCUUUGAACCCGAGCCCCCGCCGCAACGUAACAGCUCUGACCACCGAGACAGAGCGCUGCCUGUGUACUUCAUACUAUGCUGGAUACUAUGGAUACUGUAUAGCAGGGGUACUAAACUAUUUUUAGUGAGGGUCCGUUUAUCCAGGUCUGCCAUCCGGUGAAGGUCCAAGCUGAAUGCUAAGGCCUGGUUCACACCUAGCGGCCUCAGUGCCAUGAAGGAAAUAGCAAACGAGCGAAGCGUGGAGGAUGUAUGAUCUGAAUACUGCCACACACUGUGCCCCUUUGAUUAUAAUUCUGCCACACACUGUGCCCCUUGAAUAUAAUUCUGCCACACACUGUGCCCCUUGAAUAUAAUUCUGCCACACACUGUGCCCCUUGAAUAUAAUUCUGCCACACACUGUGCCCCUUGAAUAUAAUUCUGCCACACACUGUGCCCCUUGAAUAUAAUUCUGCCACACACUGUGCCCCUUGAAUAUAAUUCUGCCACACACUGUGCCCCUUGAAUAUAAUUCUGCCACACACUGUGCCCCUUGAAUAUAAUUCUGCCACACACUGUGCCCCUUGAAUAUAAUUCUGCCACACACUGCACCCCAGGAUAUAAUCCUGCCACACACUGUGCCCCCUGAAUAUAAUCCUGCCACACACUGUGCCCCCUGAAUAUAAUUCUGCCACACACUGUACCACCUGAAUAUAUUUCUACCACACACUGCACCCCAGGAUAUAAUCCUGCCGCACACUGUGCCCCCUGAAUAUAAUCCUGCCACACACUGCACCCCUGAAUAGAAUUCUACCAUACCCUGCACCCCUGAAUAUUACCCGUGGUAUAUUACUGCCACACACUAUUCCCCUGCAAUAUUACUUCCACACGCAAUGCCCCCAAAUAACUUUUCCACAAACACUGUGUGCCCUGUACCAACUAAUUGUACCUCUGUGCCCCAGAGUUGUUUAUGCCACUGUGCCCCCAGAAUUAAUUAUGCCACUGUGCUGCACAAAAUGAAUGAUGCCACUGUGCCCCCAGAAUUAGUGAUGUCACUGUGCCCCCAGAAUUAAUGAUGCCACUGUGCCCCCAGAAUUAGUGAUGCCACUGUGUCUCCAGAAUUAAUGAUGCCUCUGUGCCCCCAGAAUUAAUGAUGCCACUGUGCCCCCAGAAUUAAUGAUGCCGCUGUAACGCACAAAAUUAAUGAUGCCGCUGUGUCCCCAGAAUUAAUGAUGCCGCUGUGCCCCCAGAAUUAGUGAUGCCACUGUGCCCCCAGAAUUAAUGAUGCCACUGUGCCCCCAGAAUCAAUGAUGCCACUGUGCCCCCAGAAUUAAUGAUGCCACUGUGCCCCAGAAUUAAUGAUGCCACUGUGGCCCCAGAUUUAAUAAUGCCACUGUGCCCCCCGAAUUAAUGAUGCCACUGUGGCCCCAGAAUUAAUGAUGCCACUGUGCCCCCCGAAUUAAUGAUGCCACUGUGGCCCCAGAAUUAAUGAUGCCACUGUGCCCCCCGAAUUAAUGAUGCCACUGUGCCCCCCGAAUUAAUGAUACCACUGUGCCCCCAGAAUUAAUGAUGCCACUGUGCCCCAGAGUUAUUUAUGCCACUCUGCCCCCAGAAUUAAUGAUGCCGCUGUCCCCAGAAUUAAUGAUUCCACUCUGCCCCCAGAAUUAUCGAUGCCACAGUCCCCAGAAUUAAUGAUGCCACUAUGCCCCCAGAAUUAAGGACGCCACUGUGCCCUUACAUGAACUUUGACACUGUGACUCUCCAUCUGUUGCAAACUACAACUCCCAUCAUACACAGACAGAAGGUCAUGAUGGGAGCUAUAGCUCUACAACAACUGGAGAGUCACAGGUGGGGAAACACAAAUAUGUACUUCAGAACUUUGUCUCCUCGUCCCAGGUCCCGCUCUGCUCCGCUGCUCUGGCCUCUUCUUGUCAGGCCUGGCCAGAGCGGAUGAUGCAGCAGACAGUGCUAAUCGUGCCUCCUGCAUCACAGGAGAAGCGCCGGGCAGGAAGCACAGCGUUCCCUCGCUCCGGGCCGCAACUAUUCAUUUGUAUCGGAGUCUUAAAGACACAGCUACGAAUGAGAGAUCCAGCCGGAAGUCCGGAUGACUGGCAGCUGCGGUCCUCCAGUUGAAUAUCCCUGCUGUAUAGUAUGCUGAACAGUGCUCCAACAACCUUAUUACCCUAAUUCCUAGACCAGUGUUUCCCAACCAGUGUGCC